GACAUUUGCUUGGAAUCGCUAAACAUAUGUUGUACAAUGUCGGCCGAGCUGCCCGAAAACCUUCAAGUUAUAAAAUUGGAAUCAUCAGCUGCAUUGGGAAAGUGCAACAUCAAGGAGCGCUUAAAUCUACACGUAAAACGACGCUUACAACAAGAAGUCCCAGAAACUUUGCACAAUGACUCUGGCUUAAUCACCAUAGCUAAUAAACGCAGCAGGGUAACACCUAUGCCAACAGUAAGGGAAAUACAGAAACUACGGAAACCUUACCAAAAACGUGUAGAACGCUUGAAAACAGAAACAAACAGCAAGAGUAAAAGAGCGCAAGUUGCGAUUCUUUCUUCCUCAGCAGUGGACCUGGAGACAUUUGACGAACCGGGGGAUCAUGAUGCUGAAUCUUUAGAUUCAAAAAAUUUAUGUCGAGAAAGAUAUAAAAAUGCAGAUAUACUUAAUAUAGUAUUAAGUAAAAAGAAACAAGCCUUGAUGAAUGAUCCACAGGUUCAAAUGUUUUGGUCUGAAAUGAUGUCGGCCCUCAGAAGCUAACUUAUAUCGACCAAACACUGAUUAUUCAACUUACCUUGUUGAGGUGAAAAUCGUGGGAGCUUUACUUUUUCAACACAUAAUAACAACCCUUAGAUUUGUGUGUACUCUCUUUGCGCAUGCUCAGCGAAAUAUCUUCAAACUGGUCGUUUUUAACCGUUUUCUAACCGUUUACCGCCUAUUGCUCACAUACAAAAGUUGUACAGGGCCGCCGCUUAGAACGAACAUUGUCUUUUUUGGGGUUGCAACGUAUUGUGAUUUUCCGUCGCGUAUUCUGUGUGCUUCAGAGAAAUUGAAU